AUGGCCCGCCCUGGCGUAAAUGAAGGCGAAUUUAAAGAUGAAAAUCGAAAAUCCGCAGGUCAUCUCGAUGAAGAUAGGUAUCAAGCAAAAAAUCGCGGUUCAAACGGGGUAUCCUCUGUCGAGCUAGUCCUGGGCACGAAGAAUACUCUAGCGGCACAUAUUUCUCCAGAGGGAAGGCACCCCAAAUCUGAGCGAGACAAAGAGCCGUCAAAUACGGAGGAUGAGGAGCAGCCCCAAUGCAGAAUCAAGAUAGGGGGAUCCUCGAACGGGCCGAUCUCACUAGCGCAUAUCCUCAAUAGUAAAAUAGGAGAAGAUCGGGUAAAUGCGAAGAUACCAUCGGGCCAAACUAAGUUGAACGGGAUUGGAUGCUCCCUUACCUACGACAAGAUAAGCGGCAUCAGUAGCUCUUGUGUGCCUUAUUUGGGUUGGGGAAAACUCGACAAUGUAGAAACAGAAUACGAAGUCGAAAGUAUAGGGGGCUCCAGAGUGCGGCGAGGGCAGAGAGAAUAUCUAGUAAACUGGGUGGGAUAUGGGGAUUAUACAUGGGAGCCUAUUGGCAACCUAACAAAUUCGCAACUGGCUAUCGAUGAUUAUGAGCACCGGCAUCUCUCAAGAAAACGUAGACGGGAUGGACCAAGAAGCCAGCCCAGGAAAAGAAGACCGCUUCGGCCCGAGGCGGAACGAGGCGCAAGGUACGAAUACUGUCAGUCAAAUCUUAAAGCUAUGAUGACCGGGGGUAAAGGCGAUAAAGCAUAA